CUCCCUCAAAUUUGGCAACUACCAAGUCGAAUCCUAACCGCGAAGAGAGGCGAAGAAAAAGUUGAGAAAACCCUAGAGGUCAAAGAUGGUUGCUGGAGCGGAAGUCAUCCACCAUACCAUGCCUGUGCUAGAUGUGCAGUUCCGGUGCAUGUCGAAGGAGAUCGAGGAGAUCGUGGAGUUAUCGGCGACGGCUGUGACGCCGGCGGCUGCGCCGCCUUUGUGUCGGCAAGUGGCUCGGGUAUCGGGACCUUUACCCGCUGAGGUCGCCGUAGCUUCUGAACUGGACUUGAGAACCUCUGAUGCCACUCCAAAUGAUUUAGAACCGGUCAUUUUCCAAUUCAUUCCCAGUAUCCGAUCAGGAAGCUUUGCUGAUAUUGGACCUCGGAGAUACAUGGAAGAUGAGCAUAUACGCAUAGAUGAUUUGUCUGCUCAUCUUGGUUCUAUAUUUACUUGUCCUUCACCAAGUGCAUUCUAUGGGAUUUUUGAUGGUCAUGGAGGCCCUGAUGCAGCAGCCUACAUCAAAAGGCAUGCAAUUAGGUUAUUCUUUGAAGAUGUUGAGUUCCCACAGGCAUCAGAAGCCAAUAAUGUCUUCAUAGAAUCAGUGGAGGAUUCAGUGCGGAAAGCAUUCCUUCAUGCUGAUCUUGCUCUAGCUGAUGACUGCACUGUUAAUACUUCCUCUGGAACAACUGCGCUCGCUGCAUUGAUCUUUGGAAGGCUUCUAUUAGUCGCGAAUGCUGGGGAUUGCCGGGCUGUGUUGUGCCGGAAGGGUAGAGCAGUAGAUAUGUCACAGGAUCACAGGCCCAUCCAUGCAGCUGAAAGGCAAAGGGUGGAGGCCUGCGGUGGCUAUAUUGAUGAUGGUUACCUCAAUGGGAUGCUCUCUGUUUCCCGGGCGCUUGGAGAUUGGGACAUUAAGCUUCCUCGAGGCUCGCCAUCUCCACUGAUUGCCGAGCCAGAGUUCAUGCAAGCGGUGCUAAUGGAGGAUGAUGAGUUUCUAAUCAUCGGCUGCGACGGCAUAUGGGAUGUAAUGUCCAGCCAACAUGCUGUGAAUUUAGUUCGGAGGGAACUUCGACGCCAUGACGAUCCAGAGCGAUGUGCAAGGGAGUUGGUCAUGGAAGCACUGAGGCUCAAAACCUUCGAUAAUCUCACCGUCAUCGUUGUUCGUCUUUCUCCCCCCGAACAUUGCGAUUCUGCUAUGCAGCUGGAUCAGCAGCAGAGAUCACAGCUGCCAGUUCAAAGAUUGAAGAGCUGUAGCUUAUCAACUGAGGCACUUUACAAUCUAAAGAGUUGGCUGGAGAGGUGAUGCAGUGAACAUGAAGAAUGGCUGGUGUUUGUAAGAGAGAUGAUGAAAAAUGUUAUUGAAUUGUCGGUACUAGAUGCAGCCAACAUUUUUGUAGGUUUUUUUUUCCUUUUUUUUUUUUCUCCCUUAUGAUUGUUGGUGGGAUUGUAUUCUGUAUAUAUAGAUGUGAUAGUAGUAGAGGCUUGAUUGGAUAGGGUAGUGUAUUAUUAUCUCUGUUAUAGUCUGUCAUCUCUCUCUCUCUCUCUGAUUUUAUCAGAUAUUUUCUUUCUUUACACAUUUUGUUUAUUUCAGUUACCUCUGUAGUUUGGUGAACUGCUCUAUUUGUGAGAUAGUGUGAAAGGUAGAUUCCUGGUUUUAGGAGAAAAUUGUGCCACGUUUUUGGUUCGUGGAAGUGGAAUAUAGAUAUUUUGAGAGAGGUUGGUGAUUA